CUUGCACUGAAAGAGUAUUUGAAUUACAUCUGUGUGAGAAAAUAAGAUAAAGUAGUUUAUUAUUGGCUUCGAAGUUAAAAUAUAAUAGCACCAGAAGUGCUGCGUCAUGUUCUUGACACAUUCCAUUUAUAUUAGUUUUGUUGCAAGCAUUUUUCUUUAUGUUGGUGGGGAUGCAGCUCCAAACAAUGUUGGAAAAUGUGUCCUACCGAAUCACCCUUCAAAUGGAAAAUGGGAAAUUAUUGGAAAAUCUGAAUCAAAACCAGGAUCAAAAGUACCAAUAGCUACGAGUUUAACAUUUUCCUGUGACGAAUUAUAUAAACUGUCAGAAGACUACGUGAUAACUUGUCUUCAUGAAGGUUGGAGCGCACCUCCUUUAGAAUGUCUACGUAUAGAAAAUACGAACAAAGUAAAAAGAAAAACCAAACUAAGGAGACAUUCAAACGAAGAGUCGUCAGAUGAAUAUUCAGAUGAAGACUCAAGUGAAGAGGGAAGAGGAGGGCAUGGAAUUUUAAUUAAAACUAGUGGAAAAAGGAUAGUAAUAGGUCCGGGAGAAGAAGGAAGACCAGGACAUGGAGGACAUGGAGGCGUUGGAGUUAUUGAAGACGGAGUAAUAGUAGUAGGAAAAGGGGGUGGAAGAGAACAAGUAAUAGGAUCAGAUAGUGGUCGGAGAAAAGAAGUAAUAAUCGUUAGCCAUCAUGAAGGCCACAGACGGACAAAACAUAGAAAGCCGACUGUUUAUUAUGAAGAUGGUCGUGUAGGUCAGGCUGGAUUAGUAAUCCAAGAAGGAGAUAUAGUAAAUGGGGAUCUAGUAGGAGUUGGGGAACCAGGACGUAAUGGUGGCAGAGGAGAGGAUGGAAUCGUAAUUACUGGAGGAAGAAUAAACAGGGAUAUAAUAGGAAUUGGUGGACGAGGAGGAAAUGCUAAGCGUACAUAUCCCAACAAACACAUGCCCGAAGAACAAGAAAGUGACGAAGAAACAGAAGAGGUAUUACUAAAGAGAUACAGAAGAGGAGGACGAGGAGGAGACGGAGUUGUUAUAAGUGGAGGAACUAUAAGUGGAGGAACUAUAAAAGGAAAAGGAGGACGUGGAGGAAACCGUAAAAGACGUGAAGUACCAGAAGCAAAUCAAUUAUUAUUUCAAGAAAUUGAUGAAGAAAGAGAAAAUUCAAUUCUAACCAGGCAAAAGAGGAGAGGAGGACGAGGAGGAGAUGGUGUCGUAAUAAGUGGAGGAACUAUAACGGCAGGAUCUGUAACUGGAACAGGAGGAAGUGGAGGAGAUAGUGGUGAAACUCGUAAAAAAAAACGUGGAAAAAAACGUAAAAACCGUGAAGUACAAGAAGAAAACCAAAGUCUUCAAGACAAUGAUGAAGAAAGAGAAGUGAACAUACUGACGAGACAAAAGAGGGGAGGACGAGGAGGAGAUGGAGUGGUUAUAAGUGGAGGAACUAUAACUGGAGGAACUAUAAGGGGAACAGGAGGACGUGGAGGAGAACAUAACACACGUUAUCAAGAAGAAAAUCAAGACUUUGCGAGGGGGCAAAACAGAGGAUAUGGAACGCAAGGAGGUAGAGGUGGUGAUGGAAUUGUAAUUCAUUCUGGUGGACACAGGACAGUAAUAGGUCCGGGAGAGGAAGGAAGCUCAGUUUAUGACCAAAGAGGAGUAGCACGUGGAGGACAAGGAGGAGUUGGAGUUAUAAGAGACGGAGUAAUAACAAGAGCAGAAGGCGGCCGGAGAGGAGAAGGAAUAAGAGUUGGCGGUCAAGAAGGCUAUAGACGGACGCAGCAUUCAAAACAAACUGGUUAUGAAGGAGGUCGUAGAGGUCAAGGUGGGUUAGUAAUUGGAGAGGGAGACACAGUACAUGGGUACGCAAUAGGAGUUGGACAACCAGGACGUAAUGGUGGCAGAGGAGAGGAUGGAGUUGUAAUUACUGGAGGCAGAGUAAGCGGAGAUAUAAUAGGAGCUGGUGGACGGGGAGGAUAUCCUGAGCGUGUUGAUCCCUAUAACAGACGAACGCCGGAACAAGGAUAUGGUACAAAUGGAAACGGUUAUAGAGGACAAAGACAAGGACAAGGGCAAGCAGGAUUAGCACGAUACGCUUAUCGAAGAAAACGGGAAAUAGAAGCAGAAUUGAACCAAUCUCUAGAAGAAAAUGACGAAAAAGAAGAUGAAGCAAUUUUGGCAAGGGAAAAAAGAGAAGACGACGAUGACGAUGAUGAUGAUGAUGAUGACGAUGACGACGAUAAAGACGCGGGACGAGGAGGAGACGGAGUCGUAAUGAGUGGAGGAUAUGUAAGUGGAGGAACUAUAACGGGAAGAGGAGGACGUGGAGGAAACCGUCACAGGCGUGAAGUUCAAGAAGAAAACCAAUUUAUUAUUCAGGAAGAACAACAAGAUGCAUUUGAGAGGAGACAAAAGAGAUCACCAAGAAGAGGUGGAAAUGGAGUCGUAGUAAAAAGAGGAGGAACGGUUUACGGAAAUGUUUCUGGUUUAGGAGGACGAGGAGGAAAUCGUAGAGGCAGAGGUGGUAAUGGAGUCAUAGUAAAAAGAGGAGGAACGAUAAUUGGAAAUGUAGAUGGAACUGGUGGAAAUGGUUGUAGAAAGUAAGACGUACGGGAAAAAAUCCAAGAAAGUGUCCAACAUGCGUACAGAUGAAAGCAGUGGAUUUUUUACGAACCCAAAAAUUUGAAUUAUUCUGGAUAUCAGUAAAUUAUUUUAAGAUAAUUUUUGGGAAAU